AUGGCGCCCUCGUCGCCCCGCCGCGAGGCGCCGCCGGCCAAGAGCCCCGAUGCGCCGCCCGAGCAAAAGAAGAGGAAGACUCCGCCGCCGCAUCCGCCCGAGGCCAAGCGGAAGCCCGUGCCCUUCCAGCGCACGUGGCCCCCCGGCGACGAGGUCCGCAUCCUGGAGGCCCUCGCCGCGCACCGCCGCGCCCACGGCGGCGACCUCCCAAAGCCCGCCGUGCUCUUCGCGGCGCUCGAUGGGCACCUCGAAAGGAAGGGCGUUGGCGCCAGGAAGAUAAUGGAGAAGCUACGCAGCUUCAAGCGCCGCUACGUUCUUGACGCCAAGAAGACCGCACCGCCGGCGGGUGAGCACGAGCGCCGCCUUUACCUCCUCUCCAGGGACGUCUGGGCCGGCGACUCCCCGCCCAAACCACCACCCGUCGCUCAGGCGAAAAGCCUCACACCGCUGAAGGCACAGACCGCCGAAGAUACCAAGGACAGUAAGGACGCAAUCCAAGCCAAGAGCGCCAGCGAACCAGCCGGCAAGGACUUGCCCAAGCCCAGGACUUUGGCAGAGAUGCGUGAGAUAUACCCCUACCUUGUUGGUGAGGCCAUGAUCCUCAUGGAUCCGCCGAUCCUCCAGGAACUCCUCCCCAGCAUUGAAGAGAACGUGGCCCGGACAUUGAACAAGAAGAUCAAGAAGGCGAGGAAGAAGCUCACCAAGGCCAUUAAUGAAUCGGCAAGAAUGAAAAACAUGGAAACACCCACAGUUUUUCUGUGCCAAUCAACUAAGCUUCAACUACAAAAGCCAACAUUGGACAAAACGGAUGGUGAGGAUAUUUGUGAUCAAGGACGAUUUGCACAACUGGAGCGUGAAGUAGCGGAAUUGAGACAGAUUCUCAUGGCUUCUCAAUGUCAGGGUAAAAAACAUGAAUACGCAGAGAGUGGUGUUCUGUCAGUCAUAGCUGAAAAUCAGAUUUCAUGCAAUAUAAAAGUGCCAAAUGGCUUGCCCCAUAGAAAGAAUGAGGUGGUUACAUCGAAGUUUAAAUUCGAGGGUGUCCUUCCAAGCAAUGUCCCGCGUGAUAAUAUGAAACUGCAAGGGUUGAUAAAGCCACCAUGUAAUGCGUUUCAUGGUAGGACGAGGAAGAUUGACGCACAUAGUCAGACUCGACGCAAUGUGGGUGGCAAAGAGGUUGUCUUGCUUUCAGUAGUAAGACCACAUAUUCCAGUAGGCAAAGCUAUUCUUGAAAACAGUUCUCAAUCUACAAUAGUAGGUGGCAUGACACUUGGAACCCAAUGGUGUAAGGUGUUUCUAAGUGAAGUAUUGCAAAGGGAUGCUGCACUGAUUCACCCAAAUGGGGAGAUGAUGAAGCUGUCAGAUGCACUUAAACGUUCCAUUGCAUGGCCAAGUUCCCUAAUCAAAGAUAGUGCCAUUAAAAAGGCAGCACCUCACCGACCUUCCCAUCAAGGUCAUUGACAAAGCACCUUCUGCAACUGAGAUGGUAACAUGGAUGUGGAUAGUAACAUAUCAUGCUUUUGAUCUCCAAAUAGGGUAGGUUAUUUGGGUAUGAAUGUUCGAAGGAAAAAAAAUCUUGGUACACCUGGACGCAUCGUUUAUUUGGCUUUUGUUCAUAUGGGUGAAAAAUGUGUGCUGCUACUAUCUACGAUGCAAUUGGAGAAAUAACUCUAAUGAUAUG